AUGUUUCUCAACGCCGUCUUCGCCGCUGCGUCGCUCCUAGCGGCCGUCUGCCAUGUCGACGCACUUUGGCCACUGCCGCGCAGCCUCAGUGAGGGGACCAGCGCCCUCCGUCUGUCGUAUGGAUUUCAUAUCACGCUCCCGCCCGACAUUGCCAGCCCGCCUCUUGACUUGAUUGAGGCUGUCGCCCGCACCCAGGCUUACCUAUUCACCGACAACCUUGGCAGGCUCGUCGUGGGCCGGGGUGCGAGCGACGUCAGCGCGUUCGAAACUGCUCCGUAUUUGCCGGAGUUGACGCUCUCCCUCGCACCUGGCUCAACGGUGCUGUCUAUUACCGCGGAGGCACAGAAGCCACUCGGAGAGCGAGAUGAGGCGUACACGCUCACUGUCCCCUCGAACGGCUCGGCGGCAUCGAUCACAGCGACAUCCACACUGGGCCUCUUCAGAGGUCUCACAACGUUCGGCCAGCUGUGGUAUGAGUACGAUGGUACAAUUUAUGCCAUCAACACGCCCCUCGAGGUCGAGGACUCCCCCGCCUACCCAUAUCGUGGCCUGCUGCUCGACACCGCACGCAACUACUUCCCCGUGUCCGACUUGCUGCGCCAGUUGGACGCCAUGAGCAUGGUCAAGAUCAACCAGUUCCACUGGCACGUUGUCGACAGCCAGAGCUUCGCGCUCCAGAUCCCCGGGUACGAGGAGCUCGCGGAAUACGGCGCGUACUCGCCGCAGAUGAUCUACUCUGCGAGCGACGUCGUGGAGAUCGUUUCGUACGCGGGCGCACGUGGGAUUGAUGUCUUGGUCGAGAUUGACACACCCGGCCAUACCGCGGCCAUCGGCGACGCGCACCCUGACUUCGUCGCGUGCAACCUGGCUCGCCCAUGGGCAGACUACGCCGCCGAGCCGCCCGCAGGCCAGCUUCGCAUGGCGAACAAGACCGUCGCGGAGUGGACUGCGGGAUUGUUCUCGGCCGUCGCAGAGAUGUUCCCGUCGACAAUCGUGAGCACGGGCGGAGACGAAGUGAACACAUACUGCUACCAAGAGGACCCGGAGACGCAGGCAAUCUUGAAAGCAAGCGAUUCCACCCUCGAAGAGGCGUUGAACACAUUCGUCAUGGGCACGCACGGUGCGCUGCUCAAGGCGGGCAAGACGCCCGCAGUGUGGGAGGAGAUGGUGUUGGACUACAAUCUGACACUAUCGAACGAGACGCUCGUGCUGGUGUGGAUCUCAUCCGAGGACGUGCAGGCGGUCGCGGAGAAGGGGUUCCGGGUGAUACACGCCGCGUCGAACUAUUUUUACCUCGACUGUGGCGCCGGCGAGUGGAUCGGAGACGACCCGUCGGGGAACAGCUGGUGCGACCCAUUCAAGACGUGGCAGUACACGUACACAUUCGACCCGCUCGCGAACCUGACCACGGAGCAGUACCCGCUGAUCAUGGGUGGCCAGCAGAACCUGUGGACGGAGCAAUCGAGCCCGUCGAACCUGGACCCGAUCGUGUGGCCUCGCGCGGCGUCCUCGGCGGAGGUGUUCUGGAGCGGCGCAGGCGGUAACUUGACGGCAGCACUUCCCCGACUGCACGACGUGUCGUUCCGCAUGCAGCAGCGCGGGAUCAAUUCGAUUCCAUUGCAGCCUUUAUGGGCAGUCCAGGACUUUGCGGUCGUAUUGGAUGCUCACGUAUGA